UCGAAGUCCGCCGCCCGACGCCGACAAUGGCGGAACUGGCUGAGGCGGAUGAAGCGGAACUGCAGCGCUUGGUGGCGGCCGAACAGCAGAAGGCGCAGUUCACUGCACAGGUGCAUCACUUCAUGGAGUUGUGUUGGGAUAAAUGUGUGGAGAAGCCAGGGAAUCGCCUAGACUCUCGCACUGAAAACUGUCUCUCCAGCUGUGUGGACCGCUUCAUUGACACUACUCUUGCUAUCACCAGUCGGUUUGCCCAGAUUGUACAGAAAGGAGGGCAGUAGACUAUUCCCUGGAAGAAUGACAGAAGAAGCAAAGGACUUGUUAUUAAACAGAUUGAAAGGCCAGAGGGGGAAAGAUGUCAACUCACUGUCAGGUUAACUUCAGGCUAUUACUAAGCCUGUUGGUGCUAAAGUAACAGAUCAAAUGUU